AUGGGAAACUUUUCAGAACGGAUGCAGGGCGUCCGCUCGCGCCUCCAUCUAACGCGCGAGAAGCCCGCCUCAUCUUGCGAACCACGGCCCCCUGAACGUAUGAACCGCAAGACGCUCCUCAAAGAAUACACUCGGCUCCAACGGCACUGCGACUCGUUGAAGGGCGAGAAGAAGAAGAUGGAAAGUGAUAUGAUCUCUAUGGAGAGGCGGCAUAAAGAGGAAUUGGAUGAGUCAAAACUGAGUCAAAAGAUUGUCAAGUUGGAGGCAACGAUCGUCAAGCUUAGACAGGAGAAUGCCUCGCUGAAUGCGUUGAGGACGGCGUAUUUUCUCCGGAGCCUUGCUUUGGAGCGGAGGCUGAAUGAUCUCCAGGCGAAGGUGGACAAUGCGGGGAUGGAUAGAGAUCGGUGUCAGGAGAGAAUAAAUUAUAUGGAGUACCUGAAGAAGGGAGAGGCUGGAGAAGGUUGA